AAACCCACUAAUAACUUCUUUUCCGUCUGUCCAUGUUCCUUCAUUUGAGUUUGGAUUGCUUUUUCCUUCUUGGGUUGGUUUUUUUUUUUUUAUCUGUUUGUGUUUUUUGAAUUCUGGGUUGGUUAGUUUGAUUUGUGGGUAAAGGAAAUGGGGACCGAGGAGAAAGCUGUCUCUCAGAAACGUGAUGUUGGUGGUGCUAGUGCUAGCCAAGAAAUUGUUGUUCCAGGACACCAGGCUGAGAACUCUUCUGGAAAAACUGAAGAAACAUCCCAUCUUCAUCCUUGGAAGAAAAGAAAUCUGUUCCUAGAGAUACCCCCAAGAAGUUUGGCAGAGUCCUCUCAGGAUUCUAUUGUCAUAAAGAUGCCGCCUACACCUAGUCCAACUCCAAGGCGAGUAAAUUUUCUCUUGACACAAAGUCAAAACGAUGGAAGAAUUAGUGAAUUGCCAGGUCCCUCCACAUCUAGAGGGAAAUCAUCCUUGAAAAAUUUCUUACCAAAGCUGAGCUUCAAGCACAGAAGUUCUAACACAGAUAUUGAGAAGGCUGCAAACCUUGCUUCAGAAACAUCUUCUACUUUGCAACAAGAGAAGCCCUCAAUCUGUAGAACAUCAUCACUUACAAAGAUAUUUACUCCUAGAAUAAAAAGAACUUCAUCGCUGCCAGUAACACCUAUUGCACAAUCAAACUCAGAAUCUUUACACACUGGAAAUAUGGGUGGUUCUCUGAAUUCAAGUAGAAGAGGAACCCCACAGAAAAUUUCUCGGUCCCUUUCAGUUCCUGUUAACGACAAAGAAGAAAGCUUAGGAAGAAUGGAUUUAUUUUUUCGAGUGAUUGCUACAACUCCACGGCCAAAAGAAGGAGAGACAAAUUCAAAUGAAUCUCCCACAGUGGAUACUGAGAGUGACCCAGAUGGUGAAGACAUAACUGAAGAGGAGGCUGUUUGUAGGAUUUGUCUGGUUGAAUUGUGUGAAGGAGGUGAAACACUCAAGAUGGAAUGCAGCUGCAAAGGGGAACUUGCCUUGGCCCACAAAGAGUGUGCUAUAAAAUGGUUUACCAUCAAGGGUAACAAGACCUGUGAUGUGUGUAAACAAGACGUUCAAAACCUACCUGUCACUCUUUUACGGAUCCAAAGUUCUCGAAUUCGAAAUGGAGCAAGUAGAACCUUGCAGGCAGAUGUUAAUGGAUACAGGCUUUGGCAGGAAGUGCCAGUGCUUGUUAUCGUCAGCAUGCUUGCAUACUUCUGCUUUCUUGAGCAACUAUUGGUUGGCAAAAUGGGUACCAGUGCAAUUGCUAUUUCUCUUCCAUUUUCUUGCAUUCUAGGUCUCCUUGCAGCCAUGACUGCAUCAACCAUGGUGAUAAGAAGAUUUGCCUGGUUUUAUGCAUCGAUCCAAUUUGCUUUGGUGGUUUUCUUCGCUCAUAUAUUUUACUCCUUGGUUAGAGUGCAAGCAGUUCUAUCAGUUCUCCUAGCAACUUUUGCUGGAUUUGGUGUUGCUAUGAGUGGUAGUUCCCUUCUUGUUGAGAUCCUAAGAUGGGGAAGACGAUGGCAAGCUCGGUCACAGCAGCAGCAGCAACAGAAUCAUGGUUCCCAACCCUUGACACAAUCAAUCAACCAUUCCAGCCUCAUAUAAUUUAAACAGCCAAAACAGUAUUGAAAAUGCAGAAACUUCUGGCAGGAAUUGGGUGGCUUUCUUCUUGGCUUGGUUAGUACGGUAGUAACUAGUAAUGCAUGCUUAUAAUGUGAAACAUAUAUCUGCUUCUGUAAUGUAUCUGGGAUAGGGUAUUGUCUUACUUCUUUUUACUCAGACUAAAUGAUGAGUAACAGAAUUGUACCAAUUCAUAGACAGAAAAUGUUGAAUAAUUUAAAAGUUUGUAAAGUUUAAUGGACACAAUUUUAUAUUAAAAAAUAAUUGAUAUU